GGCGGCGCUGUGGGAGCCCCGGAGUCCCUGCUCGGCUGGGGCGAGCGGCCGGUUCCUGGCCCUGUGGCGCCGGGAGGGAGGCGCGGCCGGGCUCGGAGCAGCGAAGUGGCGGGGGAGCGGAGCGCACCGGCCCGGCCGGCAUCAUGGGCCGCAGGUGGGCUAACUCCGGGGCGCGGGGCGGGCGGAAGAGGCUUCCGGGACGGGGGACGCUUCUCUGCGCCGGGGAUGAGGCGGCCGUCCCCUCCCGCGCUGGCGGGCCCGCGACCAGCGGGGGGAAGGCGGGAGGCGCCUACCGGCAUCUUCGGGGGCUCCGGGCUGGGGCGGGGAGGAUGCUGUGGGUCAGGCGGGAGAGAUGCAUGGAGGAGCGGGCAGGAGAGCCCCUCGUUAGGCUUGGGUGCCUCUGGAGGAAACGGGAAUCAAAGAUGGGGCUGGCUCUCGGGAAGAGCUCGGUUUCCCUUUCCAAGCUCUCGGGAAAGCGGAUUUGUCUCGCUUGCCUCGUCCGGGUUCAGCCGGAGACCGAGGAGUCGGAUAGAAAUGAAAUCUGGGGGAAGGGGGGUAUCCAGCGAGACUCGAUAUACAGUACGAUCUGAUUCUGGGUUUGAAGCAGCUGUGGGAGGUUAUAAAUGCCUGGUAUGUUUCCAGGUGGAAGUCUUUAUCCCUUUUCUAGGGGAGUUACGGUAGUCCCAUUUAUAUCAGUGGGGUUUUUUUACUUCUCAGUAGCAAAGUAUCCUUUUUCCUGGACCGGCCUCAGGUCAACCCUGCGAGGUAGGCCAGUGCUAGCUCCACCCGCUGAGCAACUUGACUUUGAAAUCAUCAUUUAUCCAAGGCCAUGUAGUUGGUUUCAUGUUGACAUCGAAUUGGUAUCAAGGUUGCCUUAGUAGCUUAGUAGAUUACAUAGAGGCAUUGGGCUUCAAUUCUAUACCUACUUAACUGGGUGUCUUUUAAAACUAAAGCUCCAGUCCAACCCUGCUUACCAGGAAAUUUGAUGCUUCAUACCAGCCGGGGUUAUGAUGCAGUAAGUGAAAAUCAUUGUGCGGACGAUUUCAUAGCUAAAAUCUGAAUGGAUUAAUCUGAAGUAACUCACGGGCUCUAUGUUUUAAUGGCGUGUAUCCAAUUUUAAUGCAAGUCAAUAAUUCUUUAAUGCUUUUUUUUUUACCCUGCUAUAAUCACAGUAAAUGGUAAGGAUGCUUGUCCUCACUUCGCUUUCUUCAUUCACACUUAGGUAGAAUGGGAAUUCUAUCCGCAGUGGCAGUUUUGUGUAAGGAAUUUAUGGUGGUAGCUGUUUGAGGAUUAUGACGCUAGAGUAACAGGAUGUGAUCAUUUAUGUGGGAACAGUAGUAUAGUUAAGAAUCCAGAUUUAAAGUGUAAAUGAAGUAUUUUGCUCCAUUUGUAUUGACUUGAGUGUGCAAAUGGUAAGUGCAUCUGAAAUAACUAAAAAAUUCAAAGCUCAAAGGUGACAAUUUCAUUAGUACUUAUAAUACAUCUUAUGAAGUUACCCACUGCAGGGAUGAGGAACCCGUGGCCUUCAAGGUGGUUCUGGGCUAUAACUUCCAUCAUCCAUGACCAUUGCCUGGAAGCUGGAGUCCAGUGAUACCUAGGGGGCCACAGUCUCUCCAUCCUUGCUCUACAGAGUGCCACUUUAUGAAGGCCAGUAAGUUCGUAAAGCGAUUUGACAGACCACAGAAUCAGUUGUCUCAUCAAUUGAAAAAGGAGCCUACUUCAGCCACUGCCAUGCUUAUUCACAAAUGAAACUCUUUGUACCUCUCCUGUUCAGAAUGGAUAGGAGGGUCAACUCCUAGUAUCUAGUGAAACAUGAGCAUGUUUAAGAGAGCAAGUUCAAUGACUAAGAAGCUGAGCCAGUGUAAACAAGGAUGGAGCACAAAGAACAAACAGUCUCUCCUGCAUUCUGGAUUUAUGAGGAUUUAUAUACUGAGACCCUUCACAGGCACCAUAGCAGGUAUUGGCGGGCACACUGGCACCCGUGGGCACAGUGUUGCUGACUGAUGUUAAAGGUCAGUAUCAGCAUCUUGAAUUGGAAACUGAGAUUAACAGUUUCCUUAAUUUGCUGACUGGGGUUCUUGCUGCAGUUUGUAAACACAUGGAGCUAUCAGGUGGUUGGCUGUACAAAUAUACAAUAAAAAAUUAAAAACAUUCAAAACUGAAGUUGGAAAAAAAAAAUCUGCCAAGGCUUAGCUAAACAAAAAUAGUACCUCUUUUCCUUAAAAAAAAAGUGGAGCUGCACAGGCUUAGGCAGGUGUCUUUUAGGAUAAAUUACUUCAAGCGGAUGUUCUUCCUAAGAACAAUCUUGCUCCUAACCACAGUCACAGUUCUCUGUGCUCUGGUCCAUGGGGUCACGAAGAGUCGGACACGACUAAAGGACUAAACAACAACAACCCCAGUCACAGUUUUAUGGAAUAUGGAGCAGAGCUACACCUAAAAAUUUUGUGUAAAAAAGGCUUGUGGAGGACACAAGCUACAUAGGACCUGUUCAGUUAUCACAUUCAGUUUGAAUUGUGCCCAGAACCUGAUAAUCAGUAUUGCAGAACGCAGCUGGCAUAUGCUCUCAGUCUUUGACUCCAAUUAGAUCACAGACUUUUGCAUUUUAUACAAGCUGACAUUUCCAGUCUUAAAAGGCAGCCUCAUUCGUAGUUUAUUUGCAGUAGUCAAACUUCAGAGUUUAAAAAAUACACAAAUGAUGGUUGCUAGGGCCUUGUUUUCCAGGAAGGGAUGCAGUUCACAUAUUGGUUAUUAAUGAAAAAAGUAUCUGGCCAAAGCUUAGAGCAGCCAUGUGCAAAAGAGACCACAGCUCUUAUACUUUUAAUAGUUGUAGAGUAGGGAAUCUCAAAAGGAGUAGCUUGACACCUGACAUUUCCACUUCUACACACUAGUAAUGUUGCACGUGUCCUGUCCUCUUUUUGAGCUGGACCACAAAUGUGCAUCUAUCAGCAAAGCCAGGUCCAGGAGUACUCCCAAGCAGAAUAUUUGUUCUUUGAGGGACACUGAGACACCAUCCAAAAACACAUCCCCACUUGCUAUAAUCGCCUUGUCUGGAUUCACCUUGUACUGGGUGAAUCUAUGCCAAAAUAGCCUCUAAGCAUGGGUGUAAACACUAAGACCAUUGCUAUUAGAUUAGAUAGAAAUGAAAGACAGCGCUGUGUUGUCAAUUUAGAGAUGAUACCACACUCCAAAUCUGCAGGUAAUCCCAAUGUUUCAUUGAAUAUUAAAUAGAUUCCCACAAAAAAACUUCAAGUAGCAAAUGAAAAUCUCCCCAUCGCCAUUCUCUGAUAUUGUCAUAUUGAAAGAAAAAGCCACCAAAGGGCAAUAACAAUUUGUAUUUCUUCCACUCUGCUUAACUGGUCCAACAAUACUUCAUGGCCAGUAGUUUAAAAUGCCCUGAAACUAGGGUGCCUUUUGUUGUUGUUGUAGAUUUCAUCUUAGUGGGUGAAUCAUUAACAGUUUGAUAUGUUAAAGAAGUUUAGUUAGUUGUAGGCAAGCCUAGAAAUUCAGCCUUCACUAUAAUUAUGACAUUCCUUCAGCUCCCAGAGUUCUAAGCUGACAACUUCCCAAACAAUCCCUGUGGAUCUUUUUACACCAGGAUCCCUUACCCUGCCUGCCCUACAUAGCAAGUAGCCCUGUGAGUUUCUCUGAGGCUUGCAAAUAGUGCUUUCUGAGCUCUGGAUUUCUUGGGAUCCAGUAGAAAUAUUUAGAAUAUGUUUAAACAAUGAAAAGUGUCUAUUAUCUAAAUCAGUCACUGUUUGGGGGCAUUUUACAUUAUAAUAUGAAAUAAGAAUAAUAAACUAUUUGGGGGCAUUUAUACGUGGUUAAAUUCCAGUUCAUGGUUCAUAAGCGAGCUUCAGUGUCUUGUGGUGGCACUGCCCAGAAGUGUGCUGCUCUGCAAUUUUAAUGAUUGCUUGACAGGCAAGUGUGACUUGUUUGUUCUCCUAGUGAACUCCGAAGACUAGCUGAUCAUCAGCCUCUGCUAUUCUUGCUUCUGUGUUCUGGGAAGCCCUUAGGCUAGAGAUGCCAGUCAUAGGAAGAGCUUUAUUUUUCAUAACAUUUUCUUGUCGCUGUGGCUGAGAUUUGCCUUUAGCUUUCCUUUGGUUUUCAAAUUGUUUUUAUUAUUUGCUGGUUAAGAGAGCUAACAAAUACCAACUUGUAGUUUUCUAACUGUUAGAUCAGCAGUGUCAAGUAGUGAUUGCCUCCUGGUAACUAGGAUUGACUGAUAAGUGUCAGAAAUGUGAUUCAGCACCAUGUACUAGGCUCCUGGAUGCUUUACUUCUGGCCCUUGAACGCAGAAGUGAGAGCAAGAAUGAGAUGCUGCACUAAAUUUUUGUGUUGUCUGCAUGCACAUCACUAUACCACCUGCAGAGACCAAAUACUUAGAACUGGGAGUCCUCAAGUGAGACAUAAGCUGUGGGUGGGAGCUGGUCCCUAAAGUUUCCUCUGCAGGAGAAAAAAACAACCAUGCACAGUGAAUGUCCCUCACCCUGGAAUCAGGAGCUCCUGGGUCCAAGGCAAGCAUUGGCAGUUAUGUUAAGGGAGGUGAAUGCCUGCCUCCUCAAGCUUGAUUUGAAAGCUGAUUAGUAGUGUAAUGCAAUGUGUGCAAUAUUCCCCUGGUUCCACGCUUGCACUCACUAAAGCAAAUUUCAAUCCAUGCACUUUAUUUACUGUAUUGUUCUGAAUAUAAGCCGCACCUUUAAAAUUCAAGGCUUAUUUGCGGGUGCAGCCCGCCUCCUGGCACUAUUGCCCUGAACAGGGGACAGGGGCUCGGUUCUGAGCAUGCGCGCCUGCCUCCCAGCACUUCCUCCUCAAGCCACCACCGCCCCCCCUGCCCCCCAUUCAGGGCAGUAGUGCUGGGAGCCGGGCACACAGCACUCUGUUCCGAAUAUAGGAUGCACUUUAACUUUUCACAGUCAGAAUUUGGAAAAAAAGUGUGGCUUAUAUUCGAGCUAAUAUGGUAUACGUGUGGAACAAAAGAACAUUGGAAGCUGCCCUAUAUCAAGUCGGAUCAUUUUCCUAUCUAGCUCAGUAUUGUCUACACUGACUGGCAGUGGCUCUCCAGAGUUUCAGAUGGCACGCUUCUCCUGUCCUACCUGGAGAUGCAGAGCAGCAGGUGCUCUGAGCUAUGGCCUUUCCUCUAAAUAGGUUGGCCGUAAAUGUGCCCUUUUGCCACUCCCUGACCCCCCUAAUUGUGAGACAGUAUGUCAUAGAAGCCUAACAGAUGCAAAUACUUGCCAAGUACAGUCAUACAUCGGGUUGAAGUUGCUUCAGGUUGAGCGUUUUUGGGUUGCGCUCCGCAGCAACCAGGAAGUAAUAAAAUGCGUUACUUCCAGGUUUCGUCGCUCGCGCAUGCACAGAUGCUCAAAAUGACAUCAUGCGCAGAAGCGGUGAAUCACGAGAUGCGCAGACGCAGGUUGUGUUCUGCUCUGGACACAAACGGGGCUCCAGAACGGAUCCUGUUCGCAUCCAGAGGUACCACUGUAAUUCUGACUGUGGAUCCAAAGAAGGGAGGAAUCUCUUAAGGCCCACAGAACUGUAGCUGCAGGAGAAAUGCAAAUGAAGCAUGAAGGGCAUUUGCUCCCAUGAUCUUUUUGUUCUCCACAUUCUUGUGGCUUUCUUGUCACUAGCAUCAAGAACGGCGAUCUAUGGGGAUUUGUACUCCUGCUUCAGAACCAUCUUGCAUGAGGAACUGAAAUGGAAAGGUCUGCCAAAGGGGGCUUUGUCUCAGACCGCUCUUGCCCUAGUGGAGAGCCGCCUAUCCGUGGGGGUGGGGUGCGUGUCAAAAGCACGUCUGUCCAAUGUGAAAGGGAACAGUAGAGGUAUAUAUGAGCUCCGACUUCCUGGUUUCUUUGUGGGUUUGAAGCUAUGAAAGCUUCUUUCAUUCCUAGCACUGGUGCUGGUUUUGCUUGCCUGGCAGAAGUGAGAGCUCACCUGUAACACUAGCUGCCUUGUCUGAAGCUGGGAGGGAGAAACACAGGGUGAAAGUGGCUCACAGGCAGUGCCAAAUUUACAUAUAAGCUAAACAAGCUAUAGCUUGGGGCCCCACUCUCUUGGGGGCCCCAAGAAAAUUUAAAGGGAAAAAACCCUGGAUGUACAUUUCCAAAAUAUAAGAUAAAAAACAAAUAAAAUAAAACCUACAUACAGUUAGAGCUUAAUAAUUAUUUUACUAUUAAUAUACUUCUUAAUUGUAUUUCAGAUCAACAAUUACUUUGAUAAAAUACAUAUUUUGUUAUGUAUUUGUUUGUAUCUAAAGCAAAUGGCUUUGGAUACCUAUUAGGUCCAUAAAUUACCAUAUAGCAUAUAUUCAACACAAAAAACAGCGACAAUUUGUUGUUGACAAAGGACAGCUGGACAUAUAAAGGGCUCCAUUACCUUCAGUAGUUUAGGGCCUCAUCAAACCUAAAUCUGGCCCUGCUCACGGGCCAGGGAUCUGUGAACCAAAGCAGGAAAGAGAACUGUUGCUUGGCUGGUUUAUUCCUUUUUCUCUGGGAGCCAGUAAUACCAGCACUCCUGCUCUGGCCCAAAGCAGUUGAAUUAAGCCAGGCUGAAAUCGAUUUAAACCAGUUUCACUCUAAGUGGCUAAUCACACAGGGAGGUGCCCAGUUGAGGAUACCAGGACCAGUGAUAUAUUUAGGGAUUAUGACUUACUUGGGAGUGAAAUAGGCAAAUCAAACAUAAGCAAUCUCUUGCCUCCUUGCUGAAAAGUCUAGGGCCUGAGAGUCCUGACCACACAAGGAAAUAGUAUUUUCAAAAGCUGUCAUAAAUUCUCCAUAAAAUUAUUUAAAAUGCCUGCUGAUUUUCUUCUUCUUCAGUGAUCAGGUGUAUGAAGUUCAAUAAAGAAGGGUAUUGUCUGAGUUCAGCUGGGUGGGAGGGGAAUCCACAGAAUGCAUGGCUCCUGGUGAUGUGUCUGAGCCAUGAGGGAUCACUAACAGAGACUCUCCUGAAGACCUCCGGGUUUGGCGUCAAAUGGUCCUUAAGUUAACCUGGACAAAAGUUGUCCAGGAACCCUGAAUGUGCCCUAGCAGGCAGCUAGUGCAACCAUUAAGCACGGGGGUGAUGUGCUGGUGGUAAUAUGACCCCACCAACCAUCUAACUGCAACAUUUUCUGCCAGCUGGAGCCUUCAGACAGGGGACAUUGCAAUAAUUGAGUCUUGUGGUUACCAAUGAAUGAAUCAUCAUAGCCAGGCUGUCCUUGUCCAAAAAUGGCUGUAGUUUUUUACAUUUAUCUGGAAACCACCAGAGUAUAAUAUAUUCAUGGUUGGGGGGGGGAGAUAUUUGAAAUUCCUGGGUGCCUGGACUACAGUUUUAUGCAACGAGGUGUGGAAAUUUUUCUAACAAUUAUUUCUGUAAUUUGGGUAGUGCUUGCCACAGCAUGAACAAACAAUGUAAGAGGGCAAUGCUUUGAAACUGACCUCAGAGGGCUGUUUCAGAGCCUCUUUGAACUUACUCAAAACCGGUUUUCUGUGGUUUCAUAUCUUGCAAAAGAUCUUGCGCUGGCACAUGCCUGUCCAAGGCAGUUGGUGGGUAGAAAGAGAGAGGAUGGGGAAACAGUUAACAGAAUUAUUCAAAGUGGGCUCCUCAGCUGUUGUUGGACUAUGAUACCCAUCAUCCCUAGCUAGCAGAACCAGUGGUCAGAGAUGAUGGGGUUAUAGUCCAACAACAGCUGAGGACCUCAGUUUGAGAAACUUGAGUUAAAGGGUUGAAGUUGUCAGCAAGAGGGUAUUAAUUCUGCCUUGGAAGCUUUAGUAUAUUUGAGUAACGGCUCAACUUUUCAUUAGGCUGGAAUCCUAUGGAAGGAAGCUCUGCACAACAUAUUGAGACUUGCUUCUGAAUAAGCGUGCAUCUAUGAUAGUUGUGAUUCCAUGGUGUCCAGAAAAACAUGGCACAUGUGAAGAAUUUACUAUUCUGCCUUCAGCUGGAGAUGGAAGGACUAGCCUUCAGGCAGUAUGCUUCUAAUACGGUGAAGGGAAGAAUAGGGAUGCGUGUGCUAGCUGCAUCGCAUCACAGUGCUGGUCCCUGUCACCCUUCACAUGUUGGAGCGCAAACAUCUGCAACAGAGAACCUGCUGCCUUUGUGCAAGUUUCACGUCUACAUCGGUGGCUCCGGCUCCUCGCUGCAGACAUUUGCCCUCCGAGAAAUGUUGAGCUGUGGGGGUGGUGACUCAGCAGAGCUAUUGUGCUUGACCCCGCUCUCCCUCACACGAUUCUAACCAUGUGAGGUUAAUUAACAAACAGGGCUUCUGUCUCUCGCAGUUGCAGGGGGACAACGUAGAAAUGUGUCAGUGGUGCCUUUGAGGCUCGGGAAUCACGGUGGCAGUGGGGGGGGGGGGACUGCAUAAGAACAGAAGAAGAGCCUGCUGGAUCAGGUCAGUGGCCCAUCUAGUCCAGUUUCCUGUUCUCACGAUGGCCAGCCAGAUGCUUGUGGGAAACCAACAAGCAGGAUUCGAGCAGAAGAGGAUUCCAGCAACUAGUUCUGAAGAACAUUACUGCCUGCCUGCAUGGAGGCAGAGCAUAGCCAUCAUGGCUUGCAGCCACCGAUCGUCUUCUUCAUGCCUUCUGAUGGUUAAAGCGUGCUCUCUCUGCAUAGCUUCUUGUUUGUAACAGAUAUUCUCCCUUGAUCUCGCUACCUCUAGCUCGCCAUCUUGUUUCGGAAAACAACGCUCCCUCCAAAUGUGCAUAACUUGAGUUUGACAGAUUCAGGGUCGCUGGCUAAAAGGCCAGUUGAGACCCUGUGGGUUUGUUUGCUGCUAAUGGGAUGAAAAGGCGCUUGACAGCACAGUCAUUAAUCUGCCUCCUCUUUUGGAGUGUUAUCUCUUUGUGGCGCAACUGCACUGUGGCUACUCCAGGGAGACAUUAGCUCCUUCUCUCACGUGUCUGUGGUGAAUUUCUGCACAACUACACAGCUGCUCAUUGGCUCUCGCCCUGAAGUCUGAAAAUACGUGCGAUUCCUCUGUAAUAGAUUUGAGUGAGCAGCCCAGUUGUCUGCUUCCCAUGCUGAGUAAGAAUAUAGUUUUUAAUAGGCUUGUUCUGUGACAUGUCUGGGAGUUAUGUACUGCCAUAUUCCAAGGACGCUCCUGCCCCAUAGAAUGUCUGCAUGGUAAGUACCAACGGAGCCCUCGGCCGAUACACUUAUUUGCUUUGAAGGAAGGUCACUCUGACUUUGCUGCUCAGGAGACACCAGGAUCCGCCUGUUCCAAGAUCUGUGUUUGUGCAUGUUAAUGUGCACAGCUUGUCUGAGAUCCCAAAAGGAGGGUGUUUAGAGUGUUCUCUGUUUGCCUGUGUCUAUUGCAUCCCAUCCCUACUGUUUUAUUUCAUUUCUUUUAUCUCUCUCCCUGACUCCAAGGAAGGGUGUUUGAAAAGACCAAAGGCCUGACAAAUGGGAGCUCUCACAGGCCUCUGCCUUGGUGUUGUGCCAGAUUAAGUGAAAGGCAAUAGUUCCUCAGACACGCAUAGGGAUUGCAUGUGUAGAAUUUCUUCACUCAGCUUUGAAGCUGCAAGCACGUCUACAGCAUUUGCUGUGAGAAUCCUGCACAAGACAGAUGUAGCUGCUUUGUUUCUGGGGUUCUUGGUUUCGCCUGUUGCUAGAGGAAGGAGGUGGGAGGGGGAAUCUUGAAUGCUUCCCAUGUGUGAUGAGAGAGUUGCCCGUAUAAACUUUUCGCCGGAUCCAGGGAUUCCCUUUGGCUUACGGCCUGCUCUUUUUUUUGGCAGGUUCUGCAUGGCUCUUGCGCUGGCUGCUCUCCCCAUAGUGACUGCGAAUGAAGAGGUACCUGCUGCCCACCAGGACUCCUGGGGAGACUUCUGGCUGUUUCGCUUUUUGGUCAAUGCCGCAGGCUAUGCCAGUAUUGUGGUGCCAGGCUUCUUGCUUAUACAGUACUUCAAGAGGAAAAAUUACCUUGAAACAGGUAGGUGGUAGGAAGAUGCACACAGAGUGGUUUCCUGAUGUUGCAGCUGAGAUAGCUCUUUCUGAGCCCAUCGUAUCUUCUUCAGCCCCUCAGCUGUGCUAUCCUGGACUUGAAACUGCCCCAGAGUGCAAUCAUCGUCAGCUUCUAAGUGUGCAAUCAGUAUGUUCACUCAGUGUUAGAAACUCAGAUAUAUAAACUAGGUGUCAAAUGGCUCCUUAAAGCAGGGUUGCUGUCGCCAAAACGGAAUGCCUCGUUGCCAUUUUGGGGCCUGAUGGCUCAAAAGUUGUAUUUAUUUAUAAAUUUAUUUAGUUUUUCAAAUUUUGAAAUUUACAAACAAUUGUCAAACAACCCAGAUAAAAAGAGAAUUCCAUAGAUUCCCCUGGACUUCCUUCUUCCCCUUUGUGGGUCCUUAGUGAACUUUUUCUCUCCUGCAUCUUCUCUAUUAAUCCAAAUCUAUUAAAUCUCCAUUUGAACCAUAAUUCAACAUUAAACUACAAGUAUUAUUCCAAUCCUACUAAUAAUUUUGUUUACAAUGAUUUUUAAGGUAGGUUAUAUAUUCCCCCCUUUCCUUAUUAAAGUUUUGGUCUUCCUGAUUCUUCUGGUCAUUUUUGCCAUUUCGGCAUAGUCCUUCAACUUAAUCUGCCAUUCUUCUCUGGGCUAGUAGCAUCCGAGCAGCAGGAGUCGUGUACAUUAAUAGUCUUUUCUGAUCCAUUGAUAUUUCGGUGCCUAGAAUUCCUAGAAGAAAAGCUUUGGGUUUUUUUAAUAAAAAAUUAUUUUAAAGAUUUUUUUGAGUUCAUUAUAUAUAAUCUCCCAGAAUUCUUUUACUACUUUACAAGUCCACCACAUAUGAUAAAAGGUGCCUUCUUUUUAUUUACUUUUACAUUUCAAUGCAACUUUCUGGUUCCUGAAAUUCAUUCUGAUUGUGCAGAUAAAAUAUAAUGGAUAGAAUUCUACGGGGUAUGUUGCUAGUGUGUGAAAACAGUCACGAUUCAAGGAUCCCCAGACAGGCACCUCCAGAUGGCGGAGAUGUCAGGUGCCAUCCUGGUGUCCGGCCAUCUUUACUUGGUCGCAAGUGGCCGAUAGCCGGGUGCAAAAUGUGCCCGACGCCUGGCAAAUUUCAAACACUGUGUCCACUCCGUCAGUGUUAUCAUGCUAGCAAGCACAGAAUCUGUAGCCAUUACCUGUUGAGGAAAUUGGGAGAUUUGCAAGGAACAGCCAUGGCAAUGCGGGUAUAAGAUCUGCAUCACUGUCUCUCUGAUUUUCUGCAGCUCAGUCAGUCUGUCUUCUCUUAGCUGGGGCAAGCACUGUGAGCAGAGUAGAGUAGGACUGGCCUAGAGAAGAGGCAAGUAAAUCUGUUUGGAAGUGCCAUCAAGAAACCACAUAUGGUGGCACUGUUGGAGGCAGUAUGUCUCCCAAGAACCAGUUUAUGGGAAUCGCAAGGGAAAAGAAUGCUGCUGCUCUCAAGUUCUGCUCACAGCCAUUCUUUCCAUAGGCACUUGGUCGGCCACUGUGAGAACAAGAUGCGGGACUAUGGCAGGCCUUUGGCCUAAUCCAGCAGGGCUCUUCUUAGUUCUUAGGUGGUGGUGAUUGUGGGGACAACAUUGGCAGCUGUAAUGUGUGUGGCUUCCCUUCCUCCCUCCCCCAUGCCCCCCCCCCCACUGGUGUGAUUCAGUGUUGUGGCUAAUGUGUUUUUGCUCCUUUCCCUCUUAGGCCGUGGUAUUUGCUUUCCAGUUAUCAAAUCAUGUGUCUUUGGUAACGAGGCCAAAUCUGUACACCAGGACGAUACCUUGCUAGCAGCUCGGAAUGAGACUGUCGAGUCCUCCACAGCCCGGCAGUUCUUUAAGCUGCUGUUUUGUGCAACUGGCCUACAGGUAAAGAACUGAGAGCUAGUACUCCACUUUGAUUUGGCUUGUCUGGGGUGGUGACUGGGAGCUUCUCGUUUGGAGGUAGCAUUACACCGAGAGUAGGAUUGGCUCAAAGGUUAGUUCACAGCUGAGCAAAGUUUCCAAGCAAGGUUAAAAUAUCCCAGCCAUUGCACUGGCUUUAUGUGCACUGGGACAUAUGCAGCCUUCCUGACCUAUAACUUCUAUUAAGCAAUGCUACAAUCUCAGUUCUCAUGAGACUUGCAGGUGGUCAUUAAAUUGGAACCUGGGCUCAUUUGGGAGGAAGGGUGUGAUAUAAAUUUAAUAAAAUAAUAAAUAAAACCUAGAUGAUGCUUUCAGAAUUGCAUGGUUUGUACCCUUCAUGCAAUAAUGAGGUCAGAAUAUCACCCAGUUAUUUUUGAAUUGGAGUAAGAACACUGGGUUCAGUUAGGGGAUUUCUGUUAUUUUAGAAAGAUAAAAACUUCUGCUCAGUCAGUAUCAGGUGAAUUAGAAUUUUGUUUGUCUUAUCUCACUCAUUCUGCGGAAGAUAGAUAAGAGGCGUUUUGUAGUUAAUUUGGCUCUUUGAGCAACUGUAAGUCCAAAAUAACGAUGAGCUACAGGCCCUAGAGGGACAGAGUUUAGCAAGUGCAGAACUUUAUUUGGCAUCCUUGCGUUAUGCCCAUAGCUACCUAUAAAAGAAAUACAUAGGAAAUGCUGCAUGUCCUUGAAUGACAUUGAAAGACAGAGAGAGAGAAGGAAAUUUUCUUAAUGCACUGAACUAAUGCGGAUUUAGUUAUGUACCAAGCCUGCUGAAUGGCCAUAGGCAAGUCAUGAAAUCUCUUUGGUUCAGAUCAUUCCAAAUUUACAGGACAUAAGUAAUGAUACUUUUCGUAUUACUGAGGUGAGGGUGUUGGGAUUACUGCUUCUGCAUUUACAAGGAACUGAGAAAACAAAGAAGGAAAACGGUUGAUUCUGCAGGCCUGAUGGGACACUAAAAGCUGCUGUCUGCAGAAGCAGGUGCUCUGUGGCAGCUGCUGUCCAGCUAUGUACUUUUUUCAGUGCCUGAAAUAUGUAAUCCUGUAUAGCAUCAUGGUCAUUUCAUAAAACAUAAACCAGAUGGUGUUCAGAUUGUUUGUGCUGAUAGGAAAUGCCAAGGCAAACAUUGCAUCUUGUGGCUCAGCUAGCAUUUUAUUGCUGUAAUUUUUGUAGGUGGUGUCUUAACAUAGCCCGGCAUAGAAAAUAGUCUCUGUGGGAUGAAGUGCAAUACCGAUCUGGUUAGAUCCUGCUUGGGAGUGGAAAGAGAAUCUCACUCAGAUCCGGCCCUCAGCUUCCUGUUGCAUAGGUUGACAGUAUAGGAAAAGUGGGCGUCUUUAUGAGCUCCUUGGGUCAGUGGCAUCCAAAGAGCAUCAUGCUUCCUGCUUGCCCGAUACUCCAAGAUGCUACCUUACUGUUUGUUGUGGCAGUUGCCCUCCAUUCCCCCCUCUCUUCCUCUUCCUUUGCAGAUCUCCUACCUGACAUGGGGCGUCCUCCAGGAGAGGGUGAUGACCCGAACGUACGGCGCAACCGAGUCCGACCCUGGCGAGAAGUUCAAGGAUUCUCAGUUCCUGGUCUUCAUGAACCGGAUCCUAGCGUGCACCGUGGCUGGCCUCUACUGCGCCCUGAUCAAGCAGCCCCGUCACGGCGCUCCCAUGUACAAGUAUUCCUUCGCCUCCCUCUCCAACAUCCUCAGCAGCUGGUGCCAGUAUGAGGCCCUCAAGUACAUCAGCUUCCCCACGCAGGUGCUGGCCAAAGCCUCCAAGGUGAUUCCGGUCAUGCUGAUGGGCAAGCUGGUGUCCCGCAAGAGCUACGAGUACUGGGAGUACCUGACAGCAGCCCUCAUCUCGGUCGGAGUCAGCAUGUUCCUGCUCUCCAGCUCCCACGACAAGCACCUCUCCACGGUCACCACCUUCUCCGGCGUGGUCCUCCUGGCAGGCUACAUUGUCUUUGACAGCUUCACGUCCAACUGGCAGGACGCCCUCUUCACCUACAAGAUGUCCUCGGUGCAGAUGAUGUUUGGCGUCAACGUCUUCUCGUGCCUCUUCACGGUGGGCUCGCUGCUGGAGCAGGGCGCCCUGCUGGAGUCAGUGCGCUUCAUGGCCCGCCACUCGGAGUUUGCCGCCCACGCCGUGCUGCUGUCGGUCUGCUCAGCCUUCGGGCAGCUCUUCAUCUUCUACACCAUCAACCAGUUUGGAGCCGCCGUCUUCACCAUCAUCAUGACUUUGCGGCAAGCCUUUGCCAUCCUCCUGUCAUGUCUCAUCUACGGCCAUGCGGUCACCGUGGUGGGUGGGCUGGGAGUGGCGGUGGUCUUCACGGCGCUCUUUCUCCGCGUCUAUGCCCGCAGCCGCAUGAAGAAGCGGGCAAAGAAAGUGCCCGUCGAGGGCACCGUGCAGAAGGUUUAGGGGCCACCGGGCAAGCGACACGCCCUGAGCUCCUCCCCGCCCCCAAGCACUUGCUGAAUCUCUCUCGUCUCACGAACCCAGCAAAGAGCUGGUCAAUUUGGGAAACGUCAAUUCCCAUCCUCUACACCUCCCACCCCAGCUGAUUCUUAAAACACUGCUGGGAUUGGCUUGGAGGAAGCGAGGGGCAGCUUCCUCCUGUCCUAACGUCUGAGUAUUUUAAGUCUGCUGAGGCUUUCUGCUGAAGGAGACUUGCAAGGGGCUCUUGAGACCCCUUUCCAAGAUAAGGGUACAGGUGUCCCUAAUGCCUGCCCUGACUGACAGCUUGUGGGGGAGAGAAGGCUAAUUCAUGGUCAAGUCAAAUUGGAGCUUUUGUUUUCGUUUUGCUACGGUUCGCCUUCUGCUCACCACCCUGGAGCUGCGUAUGAGGGAAUAGCAAGGCCAAGACUUUUAGUUUCCAUUAAAAAGAAAGAAAAGAGAACUACACCCUCAAAACUUCAUGGUUGGAAUGGAAAGCUGGCAGCUUCGACAGAAAACCAGUCCCGACUGGAGGUUUUGAACUUACCCUCCUGGGCAACGGCCUCUCUUAAAUCACAGCCCUUUUGCUUUCUGGCUCAGUAUACCCACCUGUACUUUUGCCCCACUGUCGGACCUUUCAGACGGUGCCCCCUUUGCCAGCGUCAUUUGGGUUUUUGCUUUUUGCUUAGUUUUUCUUUGACCAUCCCCUCCUCUCACUGCCAUGAACAACAGUCCCAGAACCCCUCGAGGCCACUCUUGGGGUGCUUUCUUUGGGUGUACUGUUGCUGCAAACUUAGAAAAGCACAAAUAUUGCCUUUUUGAAACACCUCUCUUCGGAACCAAGUUUCUUUGCUGCUCUAGGCAAGGUGGUGAGGGAGAGGGUAUCCUCAUAGUAAAAGAAUGUGCACCCCAGUCCUUUUCUCCACCCCACCCCCCACUCCCCAGUGGUUUUUGCAAAGGUUGGUGGGAAAGACAUGGUUCAAGCUGAGAGCCAGCCAUACGGAAGCAGCCUGAGCCUGGGCUCGUGUGCUGCUUCCAGCAGGGCUGAGCUCUGGGCUCUGACCCUCUUGGGCCUUGCAGUCUUUUGUGCCAUGUUCCCAUUUUAUUAUGUGGCACGUAGGCCGUUCUGGAAGCUGCAAGAUGUGGUGGGGGCACUGAACUGCACUGUAUUGUCUAGCUCGCUGUGCCAUUUCCAUUUUUGAGCCAGGAGAUAACAAUUCUGAGAUGUACGGUGCAGGAUAGUUUGGUGCCCAGAGGCUGGAUCUUUUUACCCUUUUCUCCACAUGCUCUCAAAACUGGGUGCGGGACUGGAGUUGUUGGCUCUGCCCUAAAAGUCUCGAGUUUUACCCAUUAACCCUUUUGUUGCCAAGCUGACAUUGGGCAGGGGAAACAUUUUUUGGUACUCGACACACAACUGUUUUAUUUUAUUAAAUUUAAACUAUGCUGCAAAUAAGUGGCCAGGACAUGUUUUAUAGCCUUUAAAGUGUGUCCAGAAGGGAUAAUCUAAAGGAGUUGAUGCUCCCUUGUGGGCCACCCCCCCUCCAGGUGCUGUUGGGGUGAAAACAAACGCCUCAAAUCUCAUCCAGUUGAUUUAUCCAGUAUGGUUUAAUCACAUUAGCAAGUGGGUCGCUUUACAUCUGAUGUGCCAAAUAUGGAUCUAAGUGGCAAAAAUGGGAGUUCCAUUACAUUAAGCAGAAAGACGUUGCUGCAUCUCUUGCCUUUUGAGCCAGGUGAACUUGAUACUUUACCUUGUAGAUGGGGAACAAUUUUGGAGGCUUGAGAUCAAUUAUUUGUGCAAAGCUAGUUAUCUUUCCUUCUCUAUCUCUGCUGCCACAAAAGUCUUCUCUCUCAAGUAGAAAUACUGCCAAAAGUUGAUUCCUGUGUCAGCUUAGUUUUAGUACUCUUUGCAUGAGGAUAGAGGUUUCUGGCAGGAAAAAACCAUGUUAUUUUAAAUAGAGCCAAAACGAGGUAGCUGAAGUGCCAUUCAAUCUCUGCAGUGAUGACUGUUGUCCAUUGGGGCUCAAGGCUAAGAGAUCAACAGUAGGUGCAGCCAGAACCAAUGACAGGCAGAGUCAGAGCCUGACUGGUUAUAAGGCAGAAGGCAGGCAUGUGGAUACUAGGUGAGGACUGACAAGUUAUUGUGGAGCAGUGCUGCAUUUGCUUUAAUGGACCAGCCAGAUUGAGUCUCUGGUAACAGGUGGACAAGUAUGUGAAAAAAUUGAUAUAAAUACAAGUAAGGGGGAAGAGAUGUCUUGUGACUGAAAAAGCCCCAUUUGUUAAUUUCCGCAAAUGAGCACAUAAUAAGUAAAUUGAAGGGCAAAGGUACCAAUGAGACACCAAAAUCCUCAUCUUUGGCUACAAAGUAUGUUGUGUAAAUUCACAAUUCAAAAUGUUCCAGGCUUUCCGAUUUUAUUUCAAGGAGUGGCAUGGUAUGAGGAAGUAAUGAUGGGCAAGAAGGGAUGUGGAAAGAAGUAGUAACUUCACACAGAAGUUCAGCUUUAGUAGCUCUUGUGCACCAUGAGGCCUAGAUUCUUAAAUUGACUUCAAAGCAAAACUUAACUCCCCCAAAAGACUUAAAAACCUCUGCCACUACGGCAGUGGACUGCAGAGGAUUUAAAAAGCAUUAAAAGGCUGCUUAGGACACAGAAGACGUUCCAGCUCAAAGGUUACACUUGACAGCCAUGCUCCACAUUAAGAGAAAAUUCCAGUGGGUAGGAAAUUCAGUAUAUGGUGUCUUAGCCUUGUUCUGCCAAUGUUGUUGCAGUCUAAAAAUAUCACCACCCUUGGCUGAUCAACCUGUGAAAUCCACUGUUUAUAAACUUGCAUAAAUGGAGACUGAAAAGAGAUCUGUACUGUUAAUUGUAGAAAGGGAAGGUAUACACAAUUCAACCCAUUUAAGUCCUAUCUGAACUGCCUAAACUCGUAGGAUUCCGAUCACAGGGUUCAGUGUAACUUUCCAAAUUGUAGUUUGUCCUGGACAUCACUUACAGGCAGGUGCCUGUAAUAAAGCAUAAAAUCUUGACAGCAAGAAGCACAAGGUACUUCCUUAAUUAGCUGUCAGGAAGGCAAAUCUGAGUAAUCCUAUGCAUGUUUACUUACAAGUCCCUUUGUUCAAUGAAGCUUGCUCUAUUGUAAGCGUUUAUUAGCAGGGGUGGGGAACACACUAUCCCAUGGGCCAAAUUGGGCAGUUAGGUGGGUGUUGCAUGAUGUUACAAUGAAGGCAAGCUGGUUUUGAAGAGCUCUUUGAAGGCACUCUGCCCAUGGAUCAGUUGAUCAUUGUACAGUGGUACCUCGGGUUAAGAACUUAAUUCGUUCUGGAGGUCCGUUCUUAACCUGAAACUGUUCUUAACCUGAGGUACCACUUUAGCUAAUGGGGCCUCCCGCUAAUGCCACGUGAUUUCUGUUCUCAUCCUGAAACAACGUUCUUAACCAGAGGUACUAUUUCUGGGUUAGCGGAAUCUGUAACCCGAGGUAUCACUGUACCGGGUUUGGCCAGGGGAGGAAGAUGGGUUCAGCAAUCUUCUCUAGCCUACAAGGAAUUGUACAUGUUAGAAUAACAGCUUUAUAUAGAUGGCUGCUACAUCCCUGCUCUUGUAGGAGAUGAUGCCUUGUGUAGUCUAUCCUUUAUAGCAGGACUGGGACAGAGGGCCAUGGGCAACCUUCCAGAGACUGUCUGCCAGUGGUGGGCAGGGCUGGAGGCAAAAGUGGGCAAAGCAAUUUAACUUUUGUACCCUUGGCUCUAUUCCAGCUAUGCCAAAGUAUAUUUUGUAGAAUCGUAAGAGUUGGAAGGGACCCUGAGGAUCAUCUAGUCCAACCCCUUGCAGUACAGGAAUCUGCAGCUGCGAGAUGUUUCUACAACCCCCAUGUACAUCCAGGCAAGCAAGAGUCACAGUUCAGGAACAUAUUCUGGCUAGGAAAAAGCAUCCAAAGGGCCUGGAGCAAAGCCAGUGAAGGGAAUGCUCUGGACUCUCCCUCCAUGAGACUGAACCAUCAGCACCCCCUGCUGGAAGCAGGCUUGACAGCAGGAUUUUAUUAUAUGCAUAUGCAACUAUGCACGGCUGCAGGGUGCGCCUUGCCCACAAGCCCAAAGCAGUUGACAACCCCUGCUGCAGAGCAGAUGCCAGUAAAGAGAAGCAUGUAAGAAAUUUGACUACUUAAGAGACAGUCUCUGAACAUGCCAAACUAGUCCUACCACCUUCAGGAGACGAAACUAAGCAGGUG